UAGUUUGAGAGUGUGUCAGACUUGAGCCAAACUAUUUUCUCUCUCUCUCAUACGAAGAAUCCAUCAAACUCUCAGGCCAACACUUCGUGAGAAAUUAAAUAAAAAUAUUUUAAUAUUCUCUUUUUUCGUCUUCUUCUUGCUUUAAAAAAAACCAGCUUUACCUUUCCCCACACACUUCUCUUUUAUCUCUCUCUACUACUGUUUCUCUCAUUAGCUAUUUGCAGGGUUUUUCUUCUUCAGUGUUUUUGAUCAGCUUGAAAAUAUCUUAGCCAUGGACACAGCUAAAUGGCCUCAGGAAUUUAUUGUGAAGCCAAUGAACGAGACAUGCUUGAAACAGCCGAAUCCUGCUGCUGCUGCUCCAGUGGAGGAGAAGAAGGCAAGACCGGAGAAAGAUCAUGCUUUGAACUGUCCAAGAUGCAACUCCCUUAACACCAAGUUCUGUUACUACAACAACUACAGCCUCACUCAGCCCAGGUACUUCUGUAAAGACUGCAAGAGAUACUGGACCCAAGGUGGCUCCCUCAGGAACAUCCCCAUCGGCGGUGGCCUCCGGAAGAACAAGAGACCGUCCUCUUCCUCUUCCUCUUCUUCCAAUUCCAAUUCCUCUUCCUCUUCAAAGAAAACUCUUUCUGUCAACAACAAAACGCCACCACCACCAGUUCAACAGCUAAACCUUACGAGUGUUGAGAAUGACCACGAGGCUAAAGCGUAUUCUCAUGGUUUUGGUAACGCCCACGAGGCCAAAGAUCUCAGCUCGGCGUUUUCUCAAGGGUUUGGGAUUGGUCAUCAUCAUCAAAGUAUUCCCGAGUUUCUACAAGUAGUGCCCAGCAGUAUGAAGAGCCACGCACUUGUAUCAACCUCGUCGGCUUUGGAGCUUUUAGGGAUCUCCAAUUCCUCAACCACCUCCUCUAACUCACGCCCUGCUUUCGUGACUUAUCCUAACGUUCAUGAUUCGUCGGUGUACGCAGCAGCAUCACCUGGGUUUGGUAUGAGUUUCCCACAGUUUCAAGAGUUCAUGAGACCACCUUUGGGGUUCCCUCUUGAUGGUGGGGAUCCUCUACGUCAACAAGAGGGGUCCAGUGGCACUGACAUUGGAAGGCCUUUGCUGCCUUUUGAGAGCCUGAAACUUCCCGUCUCAUCAUCAAGCACCAAUAGUGGUGGUGGUGGCAAUGGGAAUGAUCAUAAGCGUGAGAAAGAAGAAGGAGAAGCUGACAACUCUGUUGGGUUUUGGAAUGGCAUGUUAAGUGCUGGUGACUCGGCUGCCUCUGCUGGUGGACCAUGGCAAUAAUUAUAGUAAAGGAGAGUUUCUAAGAAGAAAAAAAAAAAAAAAGAGAAGCGUUUAAAUUUUUCAUCCAAAUUUUAGAAGAUGAAGGUUAACUAACUACCAUCUGUGGUGUUUACUAUCUUUAACUUUGUUGGGUUGGGGAUGGAUGUCUUUGUAUUAUUAAUAUUAUAUUAUCAAACCCCAGUUAUCUAAAAAAUUAUGGAUUAUGUUUGUUUUAGUGCCCAAUGGUUUAGUACAUCUCAAGCGAAAUAACUGUAGUGUAAUUAAAGACUGUUGUACCAUAUUUUUCCUUUCUAUCAUUUCUAUUAUAUU